AUGCCAAAAAAGUCGGCGCUUCCUAAUGCAUCAGUUUUUGUCAAGAACUUACCCUAUGAUGCCAAAGAAGUUGAUCUGAAAGACGUAUUUGGAAAAUUUGGCAGAUUACGAGAUGUUUAUAUCCCUCUCGACUUUCACACAAAGGAACCACGAGGUUUUGGAUACAUUCAAUUUGAAAACGAGCAAGAUGCUGAAGCAGCUGUUCAGGAACUACACGGUUUUAAAAUGAAAGGUCGAGAACUUGAUGUACGCUUUGCAGAAGGGGAUCGCAAAAAACCAGGUCAAAUGGUUGGAGAAGGAGACCACCUCACGGAGAAACAGUUUCUUCUGAUCGGAGAAGAUCAAAUCCCCACGACGGAGAAGGACUCGCUCUCCUCCUUCCAGGAGAAGAAUACCUGUACGAAGGGAGCUCCCCAGGCCCAGUUAGAAACAGAUCCCCACCGGGUCAUGUCACAUCGCCGCAGUGGUAGAGGCAGAGGGACCACCUCUUUGUUUAUACGUAAUGUGUCAUACGACACCAAGCCUGAGGAUCUGCGCAAGUUGUUUACUCGGUAUGGCUACGUGAGAGACGUGUACAUCCCUCUUGACUACUACACGAGAGAGCCACGUGGUUUCGCGUAUGUUGAGUUUGAGGACGCACGUGACGCAUCAGAUUCCAUGGAGGAGCUGGACGGAUACAGGUUCAUGGACAGGGAGUUGGAGAUUGUUUUUGCAGAGGGCGACAGAAAGAAUCCUAACCUGAUGAGACGCAAGGAGACCGCGGCUACACGUUACGGUUACGGGCCGGAGGGCAGCCGCAGUCGCAGCAGGAGCCCCAGAAGGAGACGUCGCAGCAGAUCCCCCCGCAGAUCCCGUCAGUCCAGGUCCAGAUCACACACACCUGGCUCUAAAACACCCUCUCGUCCAGAUCCAGGUCCAGGAGUCAGCCCCGGCCGCUCCUCCAGACAGAAGGAAAUCUCCCACUUCCCAAAUCAGCUUCCCGCUCUCCUGUUUCCCGCUGGCCUCUGGAAGAUCUAG